UUCGGUCGGAUUUAAGAUUAAGCGCCGUCUGAUUUUCUUUGGUGGAUAAUAAAAGCUUACCGACACUGUCGUAGAUAAAUGUGAUGUACAAAAUUGUCACAAAGUCAGUGGUUUUACUAGAGACAUUCCCCUUUAUAACUGAUGAGGCAUCUCCUGUUGUUGUUGGUGAUUUGUGGAGCCUAUGAAUAUGUCCAAGGCUUUAUCUGCAAUGGCAGAGAUUUCAGGCUGCAUCCUGAACAAGACAAAGCAUCAAAUGGCUGCAGUGCUGAUAUAUGUAAAGAGGACGUGUUUAGACCGCACGACUGCACGUCACUGCAGCGUGACGCACGAUGUAGCGAGGAAGACCUGAAGUACCCCAACAGAAAAGAGGCGUGCGAUUGCUGUCAUCUUCCUCCACGGAUAACUAUGCCGCCGCCUAUGAUGCCAAAUAUGCUGCCAUGAAUAGCCUACUUCUAUAACAUAUGAAAUAAAAAGCGUAAUAUAGUUAUAUAAAAAAAAA